GCACCAAGAAGUGGUUCUGGAGCUCCCCGGCUCCGUGCAGCACAUCCGCAUUGGUUGGCACACCUAGUUUUACUAUCAUAGGGGAAUACCUUGAUCACUGCUGCACUGGAAAACCGAUAGUCCCCCGCUACUCUCACAUUUAGCCACUAGGGGGCCUCCGCUGUUUUGUGGUUGAGACAGUGAUGCAACUGAAACUGUAGAGCCGCAGUUUCCAUCAGAUUCCGCUGCUUAUGUGCGCUUCACAUCGUUUGUACCUGCGAGAUUCCGAGUCAGAAAGUCAAAAUCCUUCAACACAGCAGUAAUGGAAGCAACACAAGCAGAAAUUCCAGAUCAAAGUGGAUUUCACUAUGAUUAUGAGACAUUACGGACUACAGGGGUCAUCCUGGCUGUGAUCAUGUUUGUUUCCGGCAUUUUAAUAGCACUGAGUAAAAAAAUGACAAAAUGUUUCACAAAAUCCUCCUCAAACUCCAGCACAGGUCUUGGCACCCAAAUACCAAAGACAGAAGUGCCUCCUCAGACCGUGUAGAGAGUCGGUGGCUGAAGGCAGGAGAGGGGGCCGUCGUCGGAAACACACGAGAGAGUCAGCGCACACAUACACAUAUACACACACACACACUCAAACUCGGUCGAAAGAAACACCAGGGUACUUCUCUACGCAAGGGAAUAUUCUACUA